AAUAACCAUGACAAGUUAUUUUGGAAGAGAUGUACAUGAAUUGCUCGGAGGAGGAGAAGUGGCAGAAGUGUUGUUAUGGAAGAAGAGAAAUGUAUCAGCUGCACUUUUGAUUGGGACGACAAUCAUAUGGUUUCUUUUUGAAGUCGUGGAGUACAAUUUUGUUGCCCUCUUCUGCCACAUCUCCAUCACCGCAAUGCUCUUAUUCUUCUUAUGGUGCACGGGUGCAGAAAUUUUCAGAUGGGAUCCUCCCAAGAUACCAGAAAGUAUCUUGCAGGAGUCUGCAUUCAAAGAAGUAGCUUCCACCUUCCACACAAGAUUCAAUCAGUUAUUGUCAAAGCUCAUGGACAUUGCAUACGGAAAAGAUCCACCACUCUUCCUUUUGGCAAUUUUUUCUCUCUAUAUAUUAUCAGUGGUUGGAACCUAUGUCAGCUUUCUGAAUCUCCUUUAUUUUGGUUUGGUUUGCAUGCAAACACUGCCAUAUCUGUACGACCGAUAUAAGGACGAGGUUGAUUCUCUAGUCGGCGACGUAAUCAGAGACAUGAAAACAAAGUACAGCAAAUUCGAUUCAAAGUUCCUUAACAAGAUUCCAAGAGGGCCUGUGAAGGAAAAGAAAGUCGGAUAAAGAUGGCUACAGCAGCUUAUUAUCUCCCCGUGAAGGAGUAAGGCAUUCUUAUGGAAAUGCAAAGCUUUGUAAUUAUAAAACGAUUAUGCUCAUUUACUUUUAAAAGUUUGUAUAAAGGAAUGUAGAUACAUCUAGUGGAAGUGAGAAAAUAAUUCUAUUUACUUGUAAAUUAUACCGUGAGAA